CACAGCAUGGCCUCGGGGAGGACACUGAAGUUCGCCCUUUGCGAGGUGCUGCAGUUUGCAGGCCUGUGCGUGCCGCUCUUCAUCAUCAUGCAAAGGUUCGCCCUCAUCGUGGCGCGGGUCAAGAGUGUGGCGCAGCCGCCCGGCGACGCCAGCACCGCCUACUGGCUUAUCGUGGCCUCCUCCAUCGCCUAUGUCACCUCCACAGCCCUGCUGGUCUGGGUGCCCAUGAAGUACAUGGUGUUCACAAAUAAGAAGUUCCUUGUCGGCAGGAAGAAGUGGAGGCCGGUGGCCCUGGUCUAUGUGAUCCUCUCCACAUUACCCUGCUUUGCCUUUCUCAUUGCCAGCUCAGAGGUGCAGAUCAAUAACAGUAUAAGACAGGACACGUUCGCAGAGCUCCCCGUGUCGCUGGUGCUCUUCUCUCUCAUCUCCAUCGAUAUCGUGGAGAGGAUCCGCCACUGUCGACUCACUGGACACGCUAAUGAAUUGGACCAAGAUACUGAGAUCCCUUCCAUUGUCCUCACGCACGUGGAGCACCUACGUGGAACCCCAGUGACACCGGGUAACCCAGCAAACCCUGCAUCACCCGUAACGCCAGCUGUGCCCGGGCAACCUGCACAACCAGGGCAACCUGGUGGUCCGAAUGGGCAGGACCAGAACGGGGCAGGCUCUCGACCAGAGGCCAAUGGGACUUUCCAGGGGAUGUCAGGGGGGAUGCCAGGUAACCAGAUACCAGGGAGACAGUUUAGCAUCUCAGGCCUGAGCUCACGCUCGGCACGCUCGGCACGCUCGGCACGCUCGGCACGCUCGGCACGCUCGGCACACUCUGUCAGCACGUCGGUGGACCGCGGCGUCUCACCGUACGCCUCCACAGGGCCGCUGCACUUCCUGUGUGCCAGCGAUGCCCGAGCCGAGGUAUUUGUGGACAGCUUUCUGUUCUGGAUGGACACGGUGGAGAUGGUGAGGGUGGCUGGGCACCCGGCGGUCUACUACUCGGGCUGGGUGUUCCCUAUCUACAUUUUCAGCUACCUGUCGUGCCUGCGGCUGGUGGUCAUGCCCCACAGUCCCCUGCUGUCAUCGCUAGGCGUGGCCCUGCAGGAUCUGCCCUUCCUGUUUGUGCGUAUCGGCCUCAUCGCCUUCUUCGGCUUUGUCACGCCCCUCCUCUACCUGAUGAAGAACCUGCUUGUCUGCCUGGCCUACAUCUACUUUAACUUUAUGACCAAGCUGAGGGUUUUCAACACCGAGAGGAUGUUCUGAUCUGAGCCGCCAGCCAAAGAUGAGAAAAAACAAUGGACUAGAACCCACUGGGCAAAACUGGUUUCCACGUCAUUUCAACCCCCCCCCCCCCAAAAAAAAUGUGAUGACGUUGAAUCAACGUGGAAAACUGAUUGAAUUUGCAAAAAGUCAUCAACGUAAGGGAAUGUAUUUUUGUGUCGAAUUUUUGUUUUUAACCUAAAUCCAAUGUCAUGGUGACAUUUUUUGUUGAUUUCACGUUGAAUUCACAUUAGUUGACAACUCAACCAAAUGUAAAUCAAAACUAGAUGUUGAAAUUACGUCUGUGCCCAGUGGGAAUGGACUUUAUAACAGAGACACCAAACCAAAAGCAGACAAAAACAACAACGGGCUCACACGGCGAUGAGAAGAACGGGAGAGGAUUCCUGUGUUCGGCACAGUGAAGAGAGAUUGAUCCAUUUGAUAAUGAUUAUUCAGAUUAAAGGAGGGACAGGAUGACAUUGUGGUGCUUUUUGCAGGCUAAAAGGGAACUCUUUGGCAAUGUGUUCCCGUAAAGGGGAUGGAGGACAUUCACUGUCAGAGGACUAUGUGCUGUCAUAGUGUUAUCUUAUUUCCUAUUUGUUCAAUGUUGUUUUUUUAGCCCCCCCUCCCCAACUCCCCAACUCCCCUUGCCCCUUGUCCCCAACCUGAACCAUGGCACUUUGAGAAUGUAAAGAACCUGUCAUGUCACUUCUUACAGAUUUGAUAACAGAGAAUAUAUGAUAUUUCUAUUCUAUUACCAUAAAGUGCAGUGAAUUGUGUAAGAAUAUACAUCAAUGUUGUUAUACAUCCCAGAUUUCUUUCCCUUGCUAGGUUAUGAUC